ACUCGCGAGCUGAUCGCCAGAAUGAGAAUUGGCUCGAGGCAAUUGGAGGCUCGCGAUGGCGCAGCCGCAGAUUCAUUCCUCGUCAUGAGCACAGCUAGUUUGCUUGUGCGCUCGUAGCUAGGACGUUCGGCAGCGUAGCUAGAAAGCGAGCCUCAAAUUGACUGCUCGCUUUCGUCGAAUCGUCGUCGGAUACGCUUUCUGCGUGAAGGAAGGAAGGCCCUGCGAGGAAUUUGGGGUGCACACGCAUGUCGCAGUCCGGGAAUGAUGCUCGAUGGUGGCGGUGGUGAUGGUGAUGGUUUCCAGGUUGCUGUAACACUUGGCGCGGCGCGCAUUGCUGUGAGUCAUCUGAUCGCAGGGAGCUCGCUUGGUAACCAUGGCACGGGCAAAUCUCAGCCGACGCUGGAUCGAAGUCGAGGGCCCGGUUUCGUUCAGCCCUGCAUGCCCUGUGUGCCGCAAGAGGGCUCUUUUUGUCGACGAGGGACUCUACCCGGGGGCUUUGCGGUAUGCACAACUUCACUGCCGGCUUCAGUUCUGUCGCUGUCACUGUCACUGUGUGCUUCUUUUACUUUUUGCCGAUUGGCGAAAUUUUCUUUGGCUGAGAGCCUCAGAAGACUGAGAACUGGGACGGUUUGCGGAGUCGGUGGUAUGGUGAAUCUCGUGUUGUUAACUUGGACGAAUGUUAUGUUUCAGGCGGGUAAGGUCCAAUGAAGGAGCGGAAGAAGCUGUAGAAAUGGAUAAGAGCGUGUGGGGAAAUCAUUUACCGGAAGGUGUUGUCACUAACAUCCUGGCCGUGUUGCCACUGGCGAGUCUUUUGAGGAUCCGUUUGGUCUGUAAGAAAUGGAAUGCCCUCAUAGAAAGCUCCAACUACCAAAAGAUUCGUUCCAAGUACUCAACACCAGCACCAAUUUGCCUCGUGGAUCACAAGCGUGGACUUAUGGCUUACGAUCUGGCCUCGGGGCCGUGGACAGUUCUUUCAGACAUCUAUGAGUCGAGCAUCUAUCAACAUACGGGUCCAUUUUGUGGCAGCCAGGUAGUGGCCACUGCAGGUGGUCUUAUCUUGCUCACAGAGGAUUCGCAUCUUCAUGGCCUGCAUGUAGUAAACCCCUCGAAGACUACAUGGAAAUCAUUCCACAACAGAGUACCUCCGUUGAGUCCGAAUUAUUACAUAGUAGGAAUGGUGUGGAAUCCCAUGACCAAGAGUUAUAACAUUCUUGCAGCUCAACGUGAUCAUGAUCGGGCCGCUUUCCAUGCUGUGGAGUUAUAUUUGUAUGACUCCAAUGACAAGUCGUGGCGGGCGUCAGGAUUUAUUAUGCCAGAUAAGAGGGUGAAGAACUUCCGAGUUCAAAAUGUGGUUCUUCAUGAGGGGCGUCUUCACUGCUUAACAGUGUGCGAGAUUCCAUGGCAAGGUCCUCGGUUUGAUGUUGUUCGGCAGGACCCUGGAUGUCAAUUCUGGCAUUCUUUGCCAGCUGUGUUUCCUACGAUUCGUCCACCUCCUUCACGGUUCCGAUCGUCGAUUUUGCUCUUUGAUUACAGAGGGCAAUUAAUGGCAGCGGGAGUCGACACCUAUUUGAACGUGCGUUUGUUCCUUUGGCAGCUUGAUCCUAUUAAAGGAGAUUGGAUUAAGGUAAGACAGCUGUGUGAAGGGCCGAAAGAAAGCUUCUCAAGUCUUUUGCAGGCAGAGUAUCAUGUACAAGCGAGUGGCGAUUACCUUUCUCUCUGCAGGUAUCCAGUUUCUCCAUCAUCUCGAGAAAAUCCAACGUCUGUGUUCGUCUACAACCUGUGGGACGGGACUCAGAAAUUGCUACCGAAUCUCCAACAGUCUUGGCAACUCUCACCAGAGCCUCCACGGAGAAGAACAUCGGAAAGAGCAGAGCAAAUGCCGCCACCGGCAGGACAAGAGGCCAAACACGUAUUAUUCUCAUGGGAGAAUCGAACAUUCUUCUUCGAGCCGAAGCCGGAUGCUCCUGUUUAACACAUACACCUUGAAAGUAUGUCUUGGCCUUUUGACAAGAUUACAAUGUACAUGACCUGUGGAAGUCGUACUGUGUAAAUAACAAUUUGUACAUACCGUGACCUGUCUAAUGACACUACAAUCAGUGAAGUCAAAAUGUUCUUAGAAAAGUAACACAGUCUUUGAUGCCACCAUAUCAAGAGCUAACUACCCUGAGCGUCGUUAAGAAUCCACUGACUUGAACAAUUUGCUUAUGCUAUAUGUUCAAGUUCGUUCCUUGUUAGCUCAAAAUUUAGGUUGGACUCAAAAUUUACGCCUGCCAUCGCUGUGCCGCGACCGUCAGAAAAUAGAAAACGUUUCAGCUUAGUAGACUUAACUUAUAUUUUCAUGAGAUGUGAACCUCAUCCAAAUCUUGUACACCUAGCUCUUUUCCUUGCAGAUAGGUUCGAGGGAAGUGCAGGUUGAGUUAGAAAGGUUGCCGUCAGCCGCUACUUCCAGCUUUUAUCAGCAUGUAUAGAUUCUUCCAAUGGGCAUAAAUAUUCUGAGUCA